AACCUCAGAGAGGGAGAGGAGAGAAGAGAGGGGGCAGAGGACCGGGGAGUUAGUGCAAGAGAGAGAAAAAGAAGCGCUGAAAGAAGCCUGACAUAGUUUUGUAAGAAAAUGUGGAAGAGGAUGUAAGGGAGCUUGGGAGCACUCUCCCCGGGAUGGAAGACGGGAUUACUGUCCCUGCUGAAACACACUGUGGAUGUCUGAGGGGCGCAGCGGGAGAUAACGCGGGGAUGACUGGAUUCUUAAAGCCUUUUUCUCGAAAUGGGAACUAACUGUGCUCAGUUUCGCUGUAGUGCAAAGAUCUCCGUGGGUGUGUGUGGGAUGUUGUGUCAGGGCUGAAACCCAUCCCUCUCCCAUGAGCCUGUGUGCCCACACGCACACACACAGCGCCUCGACGCACGCACCCGGUGCCCACGCACCCGCAGCCGGCACUGACGCUGUGAACUGGACCCUUGGAGCCCGGCAGAGCCCAGCCGAGCCAAGCGGAGCGGAGUCUAGCCCACUUGGAGCCUGAGGAUGUCAACAGAGACAGAGCUACAGCCAGCGGUCAGGCCCAGCAGCGUCAGACGGGACUCCAAGAGGAAAGGGCAGGAUCGCAGCGCGCCAUCUCUCAUCAGGCGUUUUAAGGGCGAUGGCAUCCGCUACAAGGCCAAACUCAUCGGCCUGGACGAGGUCACCGCCGCCCGCGGAGACAAGCUCUGCCAGGACUCGAUGAUGAAGCUCAAGGGUAUAGCUGCUGCAGCACGGUCUAAAGGGGAGCACAAACAGAAGGUGUUCCUGACGGUUUCCUUCGGAGGGAUCAAGAUCUAUGAUGAGAAGACAGGGAUCCUCCAACACCACCAUGCUGUCCAUGAAAUCUCCUACAUUGCCAAGGACAUCACGGACCACAGAGCCUUCGGUUAUGUCUGUGGGAAGGAGGGAAAUCAUCGCUUUGUGGCCAUCAAAACUGCCCAGUCGGCUGAGCCUGUGAUUCUGGACCUGCGGGACUUGUUCCAGCUCAUCUAUGAGAUAAAGCAGGGAGAGGAGAAGGAGAAGAAGGCCCAGAAAGACAAGCAGUGUGAGCAGGCGGUCUACCAGACGAUACUGGAGGAGGACCUGGAAGACCCAGUCUACCAGUACAUUGUGUUUGAGGCCGGACACGAACCCAUCCGUGACCAAUCAGAAGAAAGCAUUUAUCAGGUUCCCACCAGUCAGCAGAAGGAAGGGGUCUAUGACGUCCCAAAGCGACACCCAAACGGACAUCAAAACACCCCCCAUCAACCUCAUCAUCAUCAGCAUCCUCAUAAGCAUGAGCAACCUCCCCUACAGCAACAGCAGGCAAAGCAGCAGGAAGCUGCAGAUCUGAUAGACUUCAGCCUGUAUAAGAUGACUCAGAACAUCAGCCAGUUAGAGAUUUUCGGAGACAUGUCCACGCCGCCUGACAUAACCUCCCCGUCUACCCCUGCAUCUCCCGCCAACACCCUCGACCCCUUGCAGGGCCUGCAGCCCCCCACGGAACUGUUCACUCCCUUCAAUCCUGCGUCCGUGCCCUCAGGUUACGUGACGAUGGGAGCCGUGCCUCCGGGCCACUGGUCCCAGCAGGCGUUCGCUGCCCAGACGCCGCUAGCCUUCGGGGUCCAGUCUCCUCUCGGCGCCGUAGCCCAGGUGCUGCCGGGCGGGCAGCCUCUGAUCUGGGGCCAGGCGAACAUCUUCCCCGCAACCCAGCAGCAGUGGGCCGCCAUGGCAGCUGGAGCCUUCUCCCCGACAGCCUACCUCCCAGCCCAGCCUGUGGGCACUCUGCCCGCUGCCAUGUUCCAGACCCUCACCCCUGUCACGGCCAUGACUCCGGCCGGCGAGUGCCAGUCAGGCGCGGGGGCCGGCGCUUCGGCCCCGUCCCCGUCGGCUUCGUCGAGUCCGCAGCACGGAGACGGGGCUAAGAAGAUCGGCAAGGAGAUGUUCAAGGAUUUCCAGCUAGCGAAGCCGCCCGCCAUGCCGUCCAAGAAGGGCGAUCAGCCCAGUUUAGCAGGAACCUCAGAGGCAUUCAGCUCUUACUUCAGCCGUGUGGGCACCGCCCAGGACACGGACGACUGUGACGACUUUGACAUCUCCCAAAUGAACCUGACGCCGGUUACUUCCACGACGCCGUCCACCAACUCUCCUCCCACUCCGGCCCCAAGGCAGAGCUCCCCAUCCAAGUCCUCAGCCUCUCAUGUCAGCGACCCCCCCACAGAUGCCACUGACCCCCCAACGGAUGACUCAUUCGGUGAGGCGGAGGGCAGCCCCAGUCGCAGCGGGGAGGAGGAUGCGGCGUGUGCGUCUGGGUCACCCUGCCCCAGUGAGACAGCAGAGCCCAGCCCAGAACAGGCCAGUCCCGAGGCUGGGAGCUAGAUAGCAGCAGGGCAGGAAGGGGAAGGACCCUCUCUACGCCCAGAUAAACAAGGGGAAGAAAUAAAGCGAUACCCAGGAAGACAGACCUGACCAGCACUGAGCGAACAGGAGGAGAACCCUUUACCUCUGAGCGUGUGUGUGUGCGUGUGUGUUGGUGUGUGUGUGUGUGUGUGUGCAUGUCUGGCACAUCCCCGCCUGGCCAAGCCCUUCAUCUUCUCUUCCUGCUAACAACCUCCCUGGAGGAGCUUCAACACUCCCACAGUCCUCCUCCUCCUCUCUGCAGUCUCUCCUCCUCCUAAGAGGAGAGAGCCCCCUCAUUCUCCACAGGCAGGAGGGACAUCCAUCACCAAGACAGGUCCAGCUCUCGUCUCCGCUCCUCUCGCCUCUCCCUUCAGCGACUCACACCCAGCCUUACGGACACGAGCCACUCCUCUCCCUCCUUUCCUCCCUCCCUCCCUCCCUCCCUCCUUGCGUCGCUCUCACACCCUUUCCUCUGCCUAUCGCGUCUGGCCAGAGACUCUGCUGCCUAGAGGAGACUGAGUCAAGCAGUGCCUCCCUGUUUGUGACACAUAUACACACACACACACACACACACACACACACACACACACACACACGGACAGAACCUGCAUCCGUAUAGCAAGGCGAUCACCUCGGAAGGUGCCUAGACGAUUAGCGGUCCUUUCGGGGAUGGCCUGCUACCGGGGAUCACUGCUUCUGAUUGGUUGGAUGAUUGAUUUGGGUGUUUUCUACCCCUUGCUUGUGAGUGUCUGCUGGAUCACUAUGCAGAAUCAGACUCUCUGGGAGCUACUCACACCCCAACUCCACGCAUCCUUUGCACACAACAGUGAGCCUACACUCAAACACACACACACACACACACACACAUGCACACACACACACAGCCAUGCCACACCUUGUGUAACAUCCAUACACGCAGUAAUUUGCCAAACGUCUCUGCUGGCAGACAGAGGCGCAGAGGCCAGACAACCAGACCACUGGUGGAGGAACGGACCCUGGGAGGGAAGAGUUGCAAGUUUAAACAGAUUCUGUGAUUGAACUCUUCAUUCUCUAUAGCUUUUGUACAAUAAUGAUUUAAAAAGAAAAAAGAGAGAUCAAGCAGAAAAAUUUAAUUUUUAUUUUCUAAGUCAAUCAAGCCGACGGGGUCAGCUCUAUGGGAAAUAUAGAGUCAACAUGGCUUUAAGGCAUCCGAUCGUUGAUUUGCCAAACUCAUUUUGUAAAUAAUGAGAACAACACCCAUCUUGUCCACUGGACGUCUGUGCCAUAAAAUAGGAAGGCUUCAGUUAUGCAAACACUUAAAUGUUAACCCAAGCAAUACCGACACACAGUGCCUUGCAGGGGUAUUCAUGAACCUCACAUUUUUUAACAUUUUGUCACGUUCUAGCCACAAACUUUGAUGUAUUUUGUUGGGAUUUGAUGAGGAAGGAAGGAAAAGGUUACAUGCGUUUUUUUGUUUUGUGACUAUAGAAAUCUGAAAGGUGAGGCGUGCAUUUGUGUUCAACCACAAUGUGGUGCAACCAAUUGCUGUCAAAAGUCAGUUUCCUGGAAAGAAGUUAACUAAUUAGUAAAAUGGUCCAACUAAAGGAGACGAGAGCCUGAUGCAAAUCCGUGCCUCAUCUGUCAGGUUUUUAUUAGUAGAAACCGAAAACAGUGUCACCCUCUCCUUCCACAUCCAUGCAUCAUUUUGUGCUGAUUUCCCCCCAAUAUACAUUGAGAUUUGAGGUCGCAACAUGACAAAAUGUGAAAACAUCCUGUGUUGUGAAUAUUUUUGCAAAGCACUGCUAGUUUCUUUCCCGUUUGCUUUGCUUCUUUUGCAGCUUCAGCGCCAUGCGCUGCUUCGUUUUUGUGCCGCUCUUCAAAUGAGUCGCUCGGUGACUCCAGCUCUUCAGCCACGCGGUGCGCCCCCACUUUGUCUUCUGAGGUCCCGUCACUGCAGAUUACCUUUAUGUCCGAAGCAUCUUAGCUCCCGCGAUUUGUGUUUGGCCACCACAGAACACUCACCGUUUUGCAGGCAGCAGCCACAGCCCCACCGACUCGCCGUCGGCGUGUCUGUCUCCUACAUCCGUCGCCUGUUGGUCCGGUGCCAGAUUCCCACUGUAACAUCCCCCUUCUGCAGCUUCAUUAACUGUGAUGCCAGUAUAUCCCUAUUUUAUGGCCAGGGUCCCCACGCCACUAAAACUCUUUUGGACUAGGAUAUUAAAUAACGUGCAAACUUUGACACUGCUAGAAGGGGAGGAAAGAAGCUGAAUUAAUAAAGGGAACCGUCGCUGUUUGAGUACAUAACAUUUCUAGACCUAUUUUAACUUUACCUCAGCUAACACUUUCUUAAUGUAAAUUGAAGCAUUAUUUUUAUCUUUAUUGAAUAUGACAUUCUACAGUGGGUUUUUAGAUGAUUUUCUUUGGGUUCUAUCUUGAUUUAUGUAUUCCACCAUGUAUUAUUACCUGUUACAAAUAAACUCUCCCCAAAUGAUU